AUGGCGGGGUUGAGGAAGGUGGGCAGAGGCAAGGUUUGGCCCCCCAGGGGAGAACAGACGCCUUGUCCCGAAAGUGCAGCACGGCCGAGAGCGUCCAGGGGUGCAGACAGCGCCCUGGGGUGGUCCUGCCGCCGCCUCUCCUUUGACUCCGGAGCGCCGCGCCGCGUCCGGGCGCGUUCUCAGUUGUUCGAAGCCAGAGAGGACCCUGGGCACCUGGCUUUUUCGACGCCGAGCUGCCGCCCAGCCCCAACGGGAGGGCCUUCCAGGGAGACCAAGUCGGACUGCUCCCCAACUCCCGCAGCUGCUCGGCCCCUGCAAAGCCCCCGGGAGCGUUUCUACUCUCCCUUGAGCCCAUGCCACUCCCCUGUCACUCCUAGGAAACUCGUUUUUGCGCAGAAACUCCUGGAGAACAGCCCUGGCCGCCACGUACUUGCCCGGACUGCAAAGCCCACAGAGCUUCAAUUCGGAGGAAGAGUGGGGAGCCCUGAGCUGGGGUGUUCCUGGAGGAGGUCGAGGAGGGGGCUAGUGGGGGGGAGGCAUUCCCUGGAAACGUUUGGAAGCUUUGGUAAUCUUGGAGACCAUGUCAGGAAAGAAGCGUACCCAUGCCGUCCGCGGUAUGCCCACCCGGAUCCCCAUCAGUGCCCCACGCACUCGAGCUCUUCCUCGGCGUCUGCAGCCUCUUCAUCCGCGCGGAGAGGCGGAGGUCUCCCGGAAAGCCAGUCCGACUGUGGCACCCCAGAGCGUCCAAUGCGAGCUCAGGCCUUUCCCACAAGUCUGGAGUUUUCUUACCCAGUUGAGGCCACCUUUGCUGUACUCACUCCCUACCCUCCCGCCCCAUCCUCUGCCACCCUACCUCCAUCUUUGAUGGUUAGCGCCUUCCGCCCUCAACAGCUUCGCACAACCAAUCCCCUAGAAGCUGUGAAGUCAGACCAGCCAGGGUGGGACCUAGGUUUUAACUCGGGUUCUGGCUACACAUGCUGCGCCUCCAUACAGUUUGUCCCAGAUUUGGCAGCAGGCCGGAACUCUGCUUUGGCCUCUGUCUGUUCCUGUCGCAGUUGGGCAAGUUUCUAGCUACCCCACUGAGAGGACCAUAGAACAAGGACCCUGGCAUGGCAUACAGACAAGGAAUGUUUGCUCAAUUAAUGGAGCUGGUGCCUUGCAGCUUCCCUCUUGUUCCUUGAAGUUGCCCUUGCUGUCCUCCACAUCAGCUCCCUCUCCUCCUCAGCUACUUAUUCCCCAUCCUGACUUCUAGUCUUGGUCCCCAAGUACUUGUUGAAUUCUGUAUGGACAGCCAAGCAUCCACUUUUGACAAUCCCUGUGGCCCCACCCCAUUUGUUUUUUAGACUUCUCCCUCCUUUUUGUCCCCAUCCCCCAAGUUAUAAAACUGUA